AUGACGGUGUGCCGUGCAGCGCAAGCUCCACCUCUACGGACUCGUAUCGGCAGCCGUGACUCGACAUUUUCGUGUCGUUUAGACCGUUUCCUCGCUCAUUCUAAUGUGAUGAGUCAAGCCGAGCCGUCCGGAGCGGCCAAGAAAAUCUCCUUUGUGUGAUUUUGAUGCCACUCUUCAAUUUUACAAUUGCUGAUGAAUUUGCUAGUUUUUGGAGAGCGGGAAAAGAGAGAAGAAGUAUAAUUAAUUGAAUCAAAAAGCUAAACUUGAGCGGUAUGAAUGUUUUCAUAGUCUUCUCUGGAUCAAAUCUGACAAAGUUACUUUUAGAGCAAUUUCGCUUUCAUACUCUUGUGGCUAUGGUAAGUUCUCUAACCAGGGAACGUUUUUUUACCUCCCGGUUGAACUUUUGCUGAAACUUUGCUGAAGUGUACUUUAGGACCUUCUGAUUGCAUAUUAAGAAAAAAAUUUCUCGCAAUAGACCUUGUUUCCGAGUUAUGGAGCAUCAAAGUGUGCAAAAUACGCAAAUUAGACCAAAAAGCGCUAUUUCGGGCUUCAGCAAAGUUUCAGCAAUAGUUAAACCGGGGGGUGAAAAACGUUCCCUAGAAAGGGAUUAGAUAGAGAAGUUUGGGAGGUACUGAAAUGGGAUCAAAUAUUCUCUGAAGACCGAGAUACACACUACAGUAACUCGUGGUGAGCGCGAGUUUGAACUGUAGCGAGGAAGAGGUGAUUUGGAAGGCGUUUCUCUUUUUUCGAAUCAACCUGUGAUUAAAACCCGUAGGUUGAGUAUAACUGCGAUAUGGAUGCGGUAGUGAGGUUUGUGGGGAAGAUUACUGGACAAGGGCCAGAUAUUACAAUAUUUUUCAAGUCCAGUUGAAAGUUGUUAUUUGAAGAAGGUCAUCGUUUGGAGUGCGAUGUGAAGAAAAUCAAUUUAAAAAAAAUGUGCCGUGCAGCGCGAAUCCCGAAUCUACAGACACACGACGGCAGCCGUGACUCGACAUUUUCGUGUCGUGAGAGAUUGUUUCCUUGCUUAUUUUAAUGUGAUGAGUCAAGCCGAGCCGUCCGGAGCGGGCAAGAAAAUCACUUCUGUGUGAUUUCGAUAUCACAAUAAAUAAAUUUUAGUAUGGCUGAUAAAUAUCAGAGUCUGGAGAGCGGGAAAUGAGAGAAGAAGUAUAAUUAAUUGAAUUAAAGAGCUCAACUCGAGAGUGUUAACUGCCCUUGAUAGAAGUCAACUGAAUGAUUAAUGGAUACUAUUUGACAAGGCGACUUUUGAGGAACCCCGCUUUUUUCUCAACUCCUCUGAGGCUAUGGUGAUUUUAUCAAGAAAGCAGGUCUUUAAGGCCUGAAGUUUGAAGCUUCUCAAGUUUUAACGAAGUCUUUUUAAGUAUUCAGAUUCAGACUAGUGACAGUCUUCACAUGCGCAAAUUUCAAAGUUUAGCCAGAAAAAGGUAAUUUCAAGAGCGUUUCCCUUUUUUUGUAUCAAACUGUGAUUUGAAAGUCGGAGGUUGAGCAUGAUUCGAUAGUGAGGUUUGUUGGAAAGAUGUACAAAUGCCAAAUAUAUCAAUUUUUUUUUCGAGUCCGGACGAAAGUUGUAAUUUAAGAAAGUUUGUAUUAAAAAAUUCAUAAAAAAAGAGAAGCGUAGUGGAGACCGGGAAGCCGAGAGAAUGAAAAUAUGCCGUGCGGCGCAAACUCCGCCUCUACAGACACACGACGGCAGCCCCAUGACACGACCUUUUCGCGUCGUUUAGACCGUUUUCUCGCAUAUUCUGCGAUGAGUCAAGUCGAGCCGUGCAGAUCGGCCAGGAAAGUCGAACUGUACAUUUUUGUUGGUUUACGUAAUUGUCCCAUUCAAAAUGACUAAUAGAGCUACCAACUGUGAAAAACUUUGGUAAAAAUGUUCAUGGAAGGCCAUCCGAUUUUCCAAAGAUACUUGCUUAUUCCAAUGCCAUGAAAAGUCUUUUGUCUAGAUUGAGCGAAUAAACUCAAAGUCAAUGUCAAUUUUCGAAGUUUCGAAAGUUGGAGACUAUCGCCUGAGAUGAGGCCAUGCACGUUAUUGAUUAAUGAUACAAAACAUGCAAAAACCGCCACGAGUCGCUCGCACGGCUUUUGAGGGGCAUAUAGUUUUUUUUCCCACGAUUUUCGGAUGUAAGCCCUUUUUGCGGUGUUCUGUGUUUGGCGGCUCAUAGACAAGGGCCCUAUAUUGCGCAAUUUCUGUUUCACACUGAAAAUUCCACGAACAAACGCAACAAAAAGAGCCAGCUCCAAGGAGAUCCAUAUAUUUUUCUUUAUUUCUAAGUGCGGUUCAAUAACCGAUGAAAGGACAUUAAAAAUUCUGAAGGCACCACGAUUUGCAGUUUUUAAGAUGUGAUUUUCCGAGGUCGUGUUCAGCUUGAAAUCGAGAAUCGAGAGAGAUCGAAAUUAUCUUAACUUCCUUCUAAUUCUGAAAAACCGCAUCUCCAAAACUGACAACUCAUGCAGACCCUCGGAACUACCGCCUCAUAAGAUGAAAUUCAAAAAACGGAAAAAAAAAUUUCUCACUCUGAGGUGGCUCAGUUUUAUUGUUAGAUUCCCUUCAACACUACUCUUUUUCUAACAUUUUCGAUGAAUCAAGAAAUAUGGGGAAAAAUUGAAGUAGAAGAGCAAAGGUGAAUGACCGAGAAUUUGGAAACUUCAGUGUGUCGUUACGAAGGAAGAAAAAGUAUAAAUUGAACGAGAUCGUUGAUAAUUUUCUUCCGACUAUUCAGUUUACAAGAGCAUCGAGAAAAAGUCAAAAAAUAAAUCCGUAGAGCUCUCAGAUUCAAACGUCAGAAAGAAAAGUUCGAGGAGAGAUCACAUCAGACUUGAUGCGUUUCGAGCGCGAAUUUUGAAUAUCCGACAGUCACUUUUUUUUACCGACGCGAGGAUCGCAAAAAAAAACUUCGGUUUGAAAUGCGCCUCGGAAGAAGGGGGGAAGAAGGUGCCAGCCGGCGGAAAAAUUGUCUCAGGUGCCGUACAAGCAAACAAAGGAAGGAUAAAGUGAAAAUUCAAAUCCAACAUUCGAGAAACUCACAUGCAAACUUGGUUUUUUCGACGGAAAUCGACGAAAGCGAGCAUUUUUUUCUCAAACCAUAUCAGAUUAUCCCUGUGAAUGUGACGAAUGCUAUAUUGCAUCGAAGGAAAAUAUUGGGCUUAUUUAGUGGAAUUUUCGAAAUCGUACAAUGUCGAGGAAAAGCCUUUUCAAUAAUAAAAACUCUAAAAAUGUUUUGUUGGAGAGCCGAUUAAUAAUAAGAGCUUCUACUUUCCAGCAUUUUGAAAAUCUUCUCAUCCUUUUUUUUGCUAAGUUUUCCAUGAUAAGGUAGCCUUGAAAUCGGCAGAUCUUUUGAAAAAUUCCGCUUUCGAGGAUAUAUCACAAAACAGCCGAACAACUUUUUCUUAGCAUCUUGAGAAAAAGAAAAAUUUUUGCUCUUAGGUCUCAUUCUAGUAUUUUUGAGUGUCAUGAGGCCAUUAAAGGUAAUUUUUCCCACUUUUUCAUCCUCACGCAGGUCAUAAAAUUCAUUCUGAUGAAAGUUUCCAAAAACCGAAGAAAAGAGAAAACUUAAAUUAAAUGAUUAUUUCCCAUUCUUUAGUCUGAACAAACAUUUUUAAAGUUAGGAGUUCGGAAUUUACUCUCCUUUGUUGAAAAUCAGCUUUCUGAUAUCAAAAAUGUUUGAAGUGAGUUAAGAUAUUCAGCCAAAAACAAAGAAAAAGAAAAAAUUUCUCAUUGACUAUGACAACCAAGCAAAUCGAACUGCAAUAAAUAAGGAAGAACCGCAAUUUCGACCAGGUUUCGAUGAGAAACUAAUAUUUUUCUCGCGUUGAGCGUUUGAGUUGGGAAACAUUUGAAAACACAAUUAAAAUCAACUUUAUUGCUUUUUGCUUCGAAAAUUUUUACUUCUUUAUUUUGAGACGUUGACAACCCUAUUCCAUUUCGAGUUAUUUGGGGAAUUUUUUUUUUCAUUUUAAGAGUGAUUUUGAAAAUUCAAUAAUUGGCAGGAAUUCUCAUGGAAUAGGUAAAAACUAAUAUUAUCGUAAAAAUAGGCAGAAACGCUUUUUUUGGCUAGCAGCUUCCAAAUUGGUCAUGAUCUACGAUUUUUGAGCUCACUUCCUUGUUUUCUACAGUAGUUUCCAAUAUUAAUCACAAUCUUCUAUAAAAACAAUUCGCCUGAAUUCCCAAAACUUGAACUUUAACGCUCUUCUUAUCAGUUUGAAAUUUCUUGAUCAGUGAUCUUGCCAAUUACUUUCUUAUUCCCCGCAAUAUAUUUCAUGAUUCAUCACUGGCUUCAUUAAAAAAACUUCCGCUUGAAUUCAUAAAUCUCGGACUUUCUUCAAACCAUCGAAAGGUUCCUUUUUAACGCUUCGCUUAACCCGUUUCCAGUUACAGUUUCUCAUUAUUCUCACGUUUGAAAAACAUGUUUUCACUUUACUUUUCAACCUACCUAAAUGUCAAGAAAUAAGCUUGAAAUUAGUUUUUGAAGAGGUUCCGCUUCAAAAAGUGUUAUGGAAAUUUAAGGCAGCAAAGAUUUUUUGAACUUAUAGUGAAUAAUAACUAUGAAUCAAAGGAAUAUUUUUGCUUUCUAUUUGGAAACGAUAAAUUUUUAAAAAAAUGUUUGGUCGCACAGGGAUUGGCCAAAAGCAUACUUCUCUCGUGAAAAAAAUUAGUUAUUAAUUAAUCCACCUACCUCCGGUGAUUUUGCAGUUUCACAGAGUCAUUAAGACUACUCAUCCGAAUAUUUUCUCACAAGCUCAUUACAAGUGCCCACAUUUGAAUCUUCCACUAAUUGUAUUAAGAGCACUUUCAACUAUUUUUAAACUUCGCGUCAUAAAUAAGGCCUCGAAUGACAAGUUUUCGAAUGUUUUCAAAAAAUAAAUUCGAUGGAGAAAGGUUUCUUACAAAGUUUGAAUUUGAAAAAAUUAUGCAGAGCUCGGCCAGGCCUCACCUGUCCUUCAAAUCAUUGCAUCAAGCAGUCGUCGCCAUGUUUCACUAUUCAAGCUCUUUUUCAAUGUGAAACAAACGUGAAGAUCCACUCAAAAGUUAGUUUGGAUGAAUAUAAUCCGAAAUUUUCAAUUUUUUCCAGUUUGACGUCAUUUGGGUAGCAACAGAAGUGGAAACUGCUCCAAAGCUGCAAAGGUCCAUCCAAAAGUGAGCUCGGCCCACCAGAUAAUAUUUAUAUUUAAUGAUCUCUUCCUUUCAGUUCGACAUCAAUGGAAAAAGAAAGACAAAUGAAACAAGAGACUUGGUUGGAAUACCCAAGUUUCACCGUUUCCAACCCAUCGAUAAGGAACGACAUGGAGCUCCACCCAAAGGUGAGUUCGGAUCGAUAAACCUCAAAAUGUGACAGUUUCUUUCAGUUUGAGAUUGUUCGAGUGGCGGGUGAGGAGGACUGCUGUUUCAAAGCGGCGAAGGUCCAUCCAAAAGUGAGCUCGGCCCACUAGAUAAUAUUUAUAUUUAAUGAUCUCUUCCUUUCAGUUCGACAUCAAUGGAAAAAGAAAGACAAAUGAAACAAGAGACUUGGUUGGAAUACCCAAGUUUCACCGUUUCCAACCCAUCGAUAAGGAACGACAUGGAGCUCCACCCAAAGGUGAGUUCGGAUCGAUAAACCUCAAAAUGUGACAGUUUCUUUCAGUUUGAGAUUGUUCGAGUGGCGGGUGAGGAGGACUGCUGUUUCAAAGCGGCGAAGGUCCAUCCAAAAAGUGAGCUCGGCCCACCAGAUAAUAUUUAUAUUUAAUGAUCUCUUCCUUUCAGUUCGACAUCAAUGGAAAAAAAGAAAGACAAAUGAAACAAGAGACUUGGUUGGAAUACCCAAGUUUCACUAUUCCAAACCCGACCGAUAAGGAACGACAUGGAGCUCCACCCAAAGGUGAGUUCAGAUCGAUAAACUUUCGAAAAUGUGACAGUUUGUUUCAGUUUGAGAUUGUUCAAGUGGCGGGUGAGGAGGACUGCUGUUACAAAGCGGCGAAGGUCCAUCCAAAAGUGAGCUCGGCCCACCAGAUAAUAUUUAUAUUUAAUGAUCUCUUCCUUUCAGUUCGACAUCAAUGGAAAAAGAAAGACAAAUGAAACAAGAGACUUGGUUGGAAUACCCAAGUUUCAAUAUUCCAAACCGACCGAUAAGGAACGACAUGGAGCUCCACCCAAAGGUGAGUUCAGAUCGAUAAACUUUGAAAAUGUGACAGUUUGUUUCAGUUUGAGAUUGUUCGAGUGGCGGGUGAGGAGGACUGCUGUUACAAAGCGGCGAAGGUCCAUCCAAAAAGUGAGCUCGGCCCACCAGAUAAUAUUUAUAUUUAAUGAUCUCUUCCUUUCAGUUCGACAUCAAUGGAAAAAAAGAAAGACAAAUGAAACAAGAGACUUGGUUGGAAUACCCAAGUUUCACCGUUUCCAACCCAUCGAUAAGGAACGACAUGGAGCUCCACCCAAAGGUGAGUUCAGAUCGAUAAACUUUGAAAUGUGACAGUUUGUUUCAGUUUGAGAUUGUUCAAGUGGCGGGUGAGGAGGACUGCUGUUACAAAGCGGCGAAGGUCCAUCCAAAAAGUGAGCUCGGCCCACCAGAUAAUAUUUAUAUUUAAUGAUCUCUUCCUUUCAGUUCGACAUCAAUGGAAAAAAAGAAAGACAAAUGAAACAAGAGACUUGGUUGGAAUACCCAAGUUUCACAUAUUCCAAACCCGACCGAUAAGGAACGACAUGGAGCUCCACCCAAAGGUGAGUUCAGAUCGAUAAACCUUUGAAAAUGUGACAGUUUGUUUCAGUUUGAGAUUGUUCGAGUGGCGGGUGAGGAGGACUGCUGUUUACAAAGCGGCGAAGGUCCAUCCAAAAAGUGAGCUCGGCCCACCAGAUAAUAUUUAUAUUUAAUGAUCUCUUCCUUUCAGUUCGACAUCAAUGGAAAAAGAAAGACAAAUGAAACAAGAGACUUGGUUGGAAUACCCAAGUUUCAAUAUUCCAAACCGACCGAUAAGGAACGACAUGGAGCUCCACCCAAAGGUGAGUUCAGAUCGAUAAACUUUGAAAUGUGACAGUUUGUUUCAGUUUGAGAUUGUUCAAGUGGCGGGUGAGGAGGACUGCUGUUACAAAGCGGCGAAGGUCCAUCCAAAAGUGAGCUCGGCCCACCAGAUAAUAUUUAUAUUUAAUGAUCUCUUCCUUUCAGUUCGACAUCAAUGGAAAAAAAGAAAGACAAAUGAAACAAGAGACUUGGUUGGAAUACCCAAGUUUCAAUAUUCCAAACCCGACCGAUAAGGAACGACAUGGAGCUCCACCCAAAGGUGAGUUCAGAUCGAUAAACUUUUGAAAAUGUGACAGUUUGUUUCAGUUUGAGAUUGUUCAAGUGGCGGGUGAGGAGGACUGCUGUUACAAAGCGGCGAAGGUCCAUCCAAAAAGUGAGCUCGGCCCACCAGAUAAUAUUUAUAUUUAAUGAUCUCUUCCUUUCAGUUCGACAUCAAUGGAAAAAAAGAAAGACAAAUGAAACAAGAGACUUGGUUGGAAUACCCAAGUUUCACGUAUUCCAAACCCGACCGAUAAGGAACGACAUGGAGCUCCACCCAAAGGUGAGUUCAGAUCGAUAAACUUUGAAAUGUGACAGUUUGUUUCAGUUUGAGAUUGUUCAAGUGGCGGGUGAGGAGGACUGCUGUUACAAAGCGGCGAAGGUCCAUCCAAAAGUGAGCUCGGCCCACCAGAUAAUAUUUAUAUUUAAUGAUCUCUUCCUUUCAGUUCGACAUCAAUGGAAAAAGAAAGACAAAUGAAACAAGAGACUUGGUUGGAAUACCCAAGUUUCACCGUUUCCAAACCCAUCGAUAAGGAACGACAUGGAGCUCCACCCAAAGGUGAGUUCAGAUCGAUAAACUUUGAAAUGUGACAGUUUGUUUCAGUUUGAGAUUGUUCAAGUGGCGGGUGAGGAGGACUGCUGUUACAAAGCGGCGAAGGUCCAUCCAAAAGUGAGCUCGGCCCACCAGAUAAUAUUUAUAUUUAAUGAUCUCUUCCUUUCAGUUCGACAUCAAUGGAAAAAGAAAGACAAAUGAAACAAGAGACUUGGUUGGAAUACCCAAGUUUCACCGUUUCCAACCCAUCGAUAAGGAACGACAUGGAGCUCCACCCAAAGGUGAGUUCGGAUCGAUAAACCUCAAAAUGUGACAGUUUCUUUCAGUUUGAGAUUGUUCAAGUGGCGGGUGAGGAGGACUGCUGUUACAAAGCGGCGAAGGUCCAUCCAAAAGUGAGCUCGGCACACCAGAUAAUAUUUUAUAUUAUACGAUCUCUUCCUUUCAGUUCGACAUCAAUGGAAAAAAAGAAAGACAAAUGAAACAAGAGACUUGGUUGGAAUACCCAAGUUUCACCGUUUCCAAACCCAUCGAUAAGGAACGACAUGGAGCUCCACCCAAAGGUGAGUUCAGAUCGAUAAACUUUGAAAUGUGACAGUUUCUUUCAGUUUGAGAUUGUUCGAGUGGCGGGUGAGGAGGACUGCUGUUUCAAAGCGGCGAAGGUCCAUCCAAAAAGUGAGCUCGGCCCACCAGAUAAUAUUUAUAUUUAAUGAUCUCUUCCUUUCAGUUCGACAUCAAUGGAAAAAAAGAAAGACAAAUGAAACAAGAGACUUGGUUGGAAUACCCAAGUUUCACCGUUUCCAAACCCAUCGAUAAGGAACGACAUGGAGCUCCACCCAAAGGUGAGUUCAGAUCGAUAAACUUUGAAAUGUGACAGUUUCUUUCAGUUUGAGAUUGUUCGAGUGGCGGGUGAGGAGGACUGCUGUUUCAAAGCGGCGAAGGUCCAUCCAAAAGUGAGCUCGGCCCACCAGAUAAUAUUUAUAUUUAAUGAUCUCUUCCUUUCAGUUCGACAUCAAUGGAAAAAGAAAGACAAAUGAAACAAGAGACUUGGUUGGAAUACCCAAGUUUCACCGUUUCCAACCCAUCGAUAAGGAACGACAUGGAGCUUCACCCAAAGGUGAGUUCGGAUCGAUAAACCUCAAAAUGUGACAGUUUCUUUCAGUUUGAGAUUGUUCAAGUGGCGGGUGAGGAGGACUGCUGUUACAAAGCGGCGAAGGUCCAUCCAAAAGUGAGCUCGGCACACCAGAUAAUAUUUUUAUUAUACGAUCUCUUCCUUUCAGUUCGACAUCAAUGGAAAAAGAAAGACAAAUGAAACAAGAGACUUGGUUGGAAUACCCAAGUUUCACCGUUUCCAACCCAUCGAUAAGGAACGACAUGGAGCUCCACCCAAAGGUGAGUUCAGAUCGAUAAACUUUGAAAUGUGACAGUUUCUUUCAGUUUGAGAUUGUUCGAGUGGCGGGUGAGGAGGACUGCUGUUUCAAAGCGGCGAAGGUCCAUCCAAAAGUGAGCUCGGCCCACCAGAUAAUAUUUAUAUUUAAUGAUCUCUUCCUUUCAGUUCGACAUCAAUGGAAAAAAAGAAAGACAAAUGAAACAAGAGACUUGGUUGGAAUACCCAAGUUUCACCGUUUCCAACCCAUCGAUAAGGAACGACAUGGAGCUCCACCCAAAGGUGAGUUCAGAUCGAUAAACUUUGAAAUGUGACAGUUUGUUUCAGUUUGAGAUUGUUCAAGUGGCGGGUGAGGAGAACUGCUGUUACAAAGCGGCGAAGGUCCAUCCAAAAGUGAGCUCGGCCCACCAGAUAAUAUUUAUAUUUAAUGAUCUCUUCCUUUCAGUUCGACAUCAAUGGAAAAAGAAAGACAAAUGAAACAAGAGACUUGGUUGGAAUACCCAAGUUUCACCGUUUCCAACCCAUCGAUAAGGAACGACAUGGAGCUCCACCCAAAGGUGAGUUCAGAUCGAUAAACUUUGAAAUGUGACAGUUUGUUUCAGUUUGAGAUUGUUCAAGUGGCGGGUGAGGAGGACUGCUGUUACAAAGCGGCGAAGGUCCAUCCAAAAGUGAGCUCGGCCCACCAGAUAAUAUUUAUAUUUAAUGAUCUCUUCCUUUCAGUUCGACAUCAAUGGAAAAAAAGAAAGACAAAUGAAACAAGAGACUUGGUUGGAAUACCCAAGUUUCACCGUUUCCAACCCAUCGAUAAGGAACGACAUGGAGCUCCACCCAAAGGUGAGUUCAGAUCGAUAAACUUUGAAAAUGUGACAGUUUGUUUCAGUUUGAGAUUGUUCAAGUGGCGGGUGAGGAGAACUGCUGUUUCAAAGCGGCGAAGGUCCAUCCAAAAAGUGAGCUCGGCCCACCAGAUAAUAUUUAUAUUUAAUGAUCUCUUCCUUUCAGUUCGACAUCAAUGGAAAAAAAGAAAGACAAAUGAAACAAGAGACUUGGUUGGAAUACCCAAGUUUCACCGUUUCCAACCCAUCGAUAAGGAACGACAUGGAGCUCCACCCAAAGGUGAGUUCAGAUCGAUAAACUUUGAAAUGUGACAGUUUGUUUCAGUUUGAGAUUGUUCAAGUGGCGGGUGAGGAGGACUGCUGUUACAAAGCGGCGAAGGUCCAUCCAAAAAGUGAGCUCGGCCCACCAGAUAAUAUUUAUAUUUAAUGAUCUCUUCCUUUCAGUUCGACAUCAAUGGAAAAAAAGAAAGACAAAUGAAACAAGAGACUUGGUUGGAAUACCCAAGUUUCACCGUUUCCAACCCAUCGAUAAGGAACGACAUGGAGCUUCACCCAAAGGUGAGUUCGGAUCGAUAAACCUCAAAAAUGUGACAGUUUCUUUCAGUUUGAGAUUGUUCAAGUGGCGGGUGAGGAGGACUGCUGUUACAAAGCGGCGAAGGUCCAUCCAAAAAGUGAGCUCGGCACACCAGAUAAUAUUUUAUAUUAUACGAUCUCUUCCUUUCAGUUCGACAUCAAUGGAAAAAAAGAAAGACAAAAUGAAACAAGAGACUUGGUUGGAAUACCCAAGUUUCACCGUUUCCAAACCGACCGAUAAGGAACGACAUGGAGCUCCACCCAAAGGUGAGUUCGGAUCGAUAAACCUCAAAAUGUGA